AUGAAGGUGGACGAGGACAAUCCGGAUGGCUUCCAAUGGGACUGCCGAUUUCUGGACAAGCAAUUGAUGUCGUUGCACGUCAAGACGUGGUAUCGUAACGCUGAUAAGAUCGAUAUAGGUCUCGGAGCCGCUCUAGCCCAACAUCUAGCUGGGAAAGGCGCGAACGUAGUCAUCAACUACACCUCGGACAACUCAACUGCCGCUGCGAAGACGCUCGCGACAGAUAUAGAGUCGAAGCAUGGCGUUCAGACUGUCCUGGCUCAAUGCGAUAUCACAACGCCAGAUGGGCCAGGCCAGUUGGUCGAGAUAGCGAAGUCGACAUUCACCAAGGAUGGUAAAUUCCAGAUCGAUAUUCUUAUCAACAAUGCCGGUGUAGUAAACCCUGCUCCAAUGGGGUCGGUGACAUACGAAGAAUUUGAUAAAACGUUCCAACUGAACGCGCGCGCACCGUUGUUCGUCAUCCAGGCCGCUAUGCCCUAUCUCCCGAAGGAUAGGUCAGGACGAAUUGUGAACGUAUCGAGUAUCACGACCAGCAUGGGUUUCUGGUGGCAGAGCUGUUAUGCGGGUACGAAGGGAGCUCUGGAAGCCAUGGUGCGUAUGGAUCACGAUGAAUCGAUCCCUGCUAACCGGACGUCACAACUGCAGACACGCGUUUGGGCCCGCGAACUGGCUGAGCAAGCGACGGUCAACUCGAUCAAUCCCGGUGCUAUGAUGACCGGAAUGUACACGGGCCUUCCGCAAGAGAUGCUAGAGAAAGUCUGGUCAUUGAAUUACAUGGCACCGCUGGCCAAACCUCGUGAAGGAAUCGACUCGCCGGAAAUCGUCGAAGCAGCGAAAGGGCUCGGUGGACGGCCGGCUUAUCUGGAGGAAGUCUCCGGCAUCGUGAGCUUGCUCUGUUCGCCUGAGUCGGGAUGGAUAACUGGACAGGUCAUCGGCGCAAACGGAGGAGGGGUGAUGACGAAGGGUUGA